CAGUCUGCUUACCCCGCAUACGUCAUGGGCACCCUCUGCAUUGUGGGGGGCCUCACAGGCUUUGCUCGCACGCGUAGCAUCCCCUCUCUCGUCGCAGGCGUGGGUGUCGGCGCGCUCUACCUCUACAGCGCGGACUGCAUUCGCAAGGGCACAGCCAACGGUCUCGAGACCGCUCUCGGUGCAUCUGCUCUCCUCUUCCUCUCUUCCGCCCCGCGCGCGAUGAAGGGCCCCGUACCCGCCAUGCUCACCGUUACGUCCGCCGUAGCGGGCGCGUAUUACGGCAGGACCGUCCUCGCCGUCCGGAAAUAA